AAAGCAAGCUCGAAUCGGGCGUCUGGGAUUUGUAAUCUAACCUAAAAUCAGACUGUGGUUUCGGGCGCAUAAAAAUGUUUCGUAUUACGAAUCACCGUUCGAAAGUGUUCAUAAGAUUUCCGUGAUUUCAGUGCUUCUGUGAUUUUGAAACCGAGAGUCCAUUUUUCUAUAAACUUCCACGUCCGGUCAAUUAAUUCAAAUUAUUUCCCGGAUUAAAUUACCAAAACUAGAGACUUUUGAAAACCGAUUCGCCCAUUGUUCUCAACUUCAUAGUUUACAACAAUAUUCGUGACAGAAACCCGUGACGAUUUUCGAGACAAAUGAUAGUUGUCAACAAUCUUUGUUGAUUUUAUUACUUUUUUUCUCAGUUCGCACUAUUGCUUAAAACAAAAAAAGUGAAGUGAAAAAUGGCGGGUACAUAUACGAAAAAAGACUUUGGACCAGGUCCUGAGGAACAGACACUCCUGAAAGAUGUCAACGGAGCUCGAAUCAUGCCUUCGAAGGGUUACAGCUAUAGUCACUAUAGUACUUUUAAGACACCGCUUUUACAUGGUUCAGAACCAGUUCGAUUGUCUCCUGGCUGGGAAGGAACUGGUAGGCCUGACGACGAAUUGAAUUUUAGAGACAUGACGAUGGACCAGAUUGAUCUGGAAUUAAAUCCUCCAAAAGAUAGGUUGAACAUAGUGUAUUUUAUAAUGGUACUACACGGUCUUGGCACCCUGAUAUCCUGGAAUAUGUUCAUAACAGCGAAAGAUUACUUUGUUUCGUACAAAUUGAAUACUACUGCAGUGCAAAUAGCACAGACAGGAAACAUAACAAACUCGACAUUACAGUAUUCAAAUUCGUUUAUGGAAGAUUCAACAUUGGCUUCUCAAUUGCCGAAUCUGAUCUUCAGCUGGCUGAAUCUGUUCGUCCAAUUUGGGGGAAACCUGACGAUACGAAUAGUGUGGGGCAUAUUUGUACAAGUGCUCAUAUUCGUGUUCACAGUCAUCUUGGCAAUGACCGACAGUAGCACCUGGAUUGGGCCAUUUUACUGGAUGACUAUCGUUUCCAUUAUUAUUUUAAACACUGCAAAUGGAAUUUACCAAAACUCAGUAUUCGGAAUGGCAGCUAAAUUGCCUGGAAAAUACACAGGCGCUGUUGUUUUGGGCUCGAACAUCAGUGGAACACUCGUGGCGUUCAUCGAUUUGAUUUCCAAGAUACUCUCUCCAAAUCACCGCACUGCUGCCAUUUAUUACUUUAUUACUGCGCUUUUUGUACUCUUGGCAUGUUUCGACACUUACUUCGCUCUGCCGAUAAAUAGGUUUUACCGAUACCACGAGCUUCUUUUCCACAAAGAAGUGAAUAAGAAAAGAUUAGAUAAUACAGCAGGAUCACCCUCGCAAAGGCCACCUUAUAUUAAAAUAUUCAAGCAAUGCUGGAUCCAGUGUUUCAACGUCUUCUUCAUAUUUUUUGUAACACUUUCUCUGUUUCCUGGUGUCCAUUCCAGCAUUAAGAGGUACCAGGAUGACUUCAUAGUGCCGCAUGAAUAUUACACGAGUAUCAUGUGUUUUAUUACUUUCAACGUCACGGCCAUGCUCGGUAGUUUACUUGGCUCCAUGUUCCAAUUGCCAAGUCCGAAGUAUUCAUUCGUUCCAAUUCUUCUGCGGGUUUUCUUCAUUCCACUCUUUUUGGUUUGCAACUAUCAACCGAAAAUAGCUGGUGUUUUGGUAGAGAGAACGAUUCCACUAUUAAUUACGAAUGAUUGGAUUUACUUGGUAAUUGCCAUUGCCAUGGGACUCACGAGUGGAUACUUUUCUUCCAUUUCCAUGGUGUAUUGUUCCAGAGUUGUGGAGUCUCGGUACGCAUCAACUGCUGGAAUGUUUGGAGCAGCUUCCCUCGUAACUGGAAUCGUCGUUGGCCUGAUGUUUGCAAGAGUAAUGCCAUACUUGCUUGGCUGGUCGAUUUUUAAGACGAACUGAAGAUUCAUCCGGAAAAUUGGUGAAAAUCCACCCUAAAUUUCACUACCUCGAGCUCAAAAAACAACUCGAGUUGAUUAACUAUAAUAAGAAGUACCUACCAGUUUCUGAUAAUCUGAUUUUAACGAAUUUUAUUCUAAUUAAUCGACAACAUUUUUGCAAAGCCUUCGCCUCCCAGACUUUGAGCGUUUUCAAGAGUUAAGUCAAGUCCAGGUAGCCAAGAGGAGUGAAAAAAAAGUGUUUUAAUACAAACAAUAGUUGGCUAUUAUCUCGUGAGCGAAAAGCGGGUAAUAAACUAAUUUGCAAGUCGGACCAAAACGCCUUAAAUAUACAGGAAUCUUGAGUCUUCUCUCGGAGGAUUUUAGAAUUUUAAAGCCUCUUUUCAAAUAAAUAAUUGUUAACGUAAAGCCGCUUUGAUAAUGCACACGAUUAAAGGAAAGGAAAA